UUCUACAAAGAUCUCUUCAGACCCUAGUUGGUGAACCUUAACUCUGUCUAGUCUUCCUCUGUUCUGUCUUUUAAAAUCUCUCUAUUGAGUUAGACAUAGUCACAUAGCUAUGGUUAAGUAUCUGUCUCUGAGUUCGGCUAGAAGAAGAAACGACUUCGUGGCAGCGCCAGAGAUUUCUUUUGAUCUCAUGAUUGAAAUCCUGAGUAGAUUGCCUGUUAAAUCGCUUAUGAGGUUCAAGUGUGUCUCAAAGCUCUGGUCUUCUCUGAUCCGUUCUCGAUAUUUUAGCAACCUUUAUCUCAAGGUCGCAUCAUCUCCAUCGCGACUGAUGCGACCACUUGGUGUAUACAUGAGUUUGAAUUUGAGUUUGACUUCGGAUGGACACUACAAUUGUGAUUCGAUGGAGUUUUGCCGCAACACUGAAAAGUUUGAACUGCUAUCCUUAAGGUUAUCUUUGUCGUCUAGUAAUAGUGAUGAAUCAUCGUUAGAACAAGAUUUGACUUUCCCAGGGAUGGGAGGAUACAAUAUGGUAUCUCUUCGCGGUUUGAUUUUAUACACUGUUUGCAGAAAAGCAUGUAUCUAUAAUCCCUCCACUAGACAAAGCUUAACCUUACCCGCAGUCAAAUCCAACAUUUUUGCUCAGCAAGAACGUAAUAAGCAUGUCUUCUACUUUUUCGGACAUGAUCAUGUUCAUGAUCAAUACAAAAUAGUCUGCAAUGUUGUGGUAAUCUCGCGAGAUUACAAGAAGAUAAUAACCAACGAGUUUUGGGUCUUUGUACUGGAACCCAGAGGUUUUUGGAAAAGAAUCGAGUAUGAUGAUCAACCUCACCUUCCAACAAAACAAGGACUCUGCAUCAACGGAGUUAUAUAUUAUCUGGCUUCCAAUCCUACAUGUCAUGUUUACUGUUUUGACGUUAGGUCCGAAGAGUUCCGUGUGAUCCAAGCACCCCAUUUAGAGUAUCAGCAUUGUAAGUCCUUGGGUUUCAUAGAGCACGGUGGAAAACCAGCAAUCUUUGAUUGUACACGUAUUAGAGAAACGGGUGUGUUCGAGUUGUGGAUCUUGGAGGUGGAUGGUGGAACAUGGUGGAGGAAGUCUCUGGUUUUGAAGCUUUGUCAGAUGCAUUUAGUGUAUGAUAUUAACCGUAAGAAGUUGAUUGUGCAUGGUACGGAUCAGAACAAUGAGGUUAUCUUGGCGUUGACUCGUCCUUGUUAUAUUCUCUAUUAUGAUCUGAUAAAGAAUGAUUUGAGAAAGGUUAAUAUCAUCAGAGCAACAAGGCCGUAUGAGCGGCAAGACGUGUGUUUCAAGGUUAUGGAUAAAUGUGAAAACAUCAUGCAGUUGGAAACUUGA